AUGCCGCGCGCGGGCGCGGCCGUGCCGCGGGUGCGGCUGCAGCAGUGCGGCGCGGGCGGCGCGGGGCUGGGCCCCGAUGUCCGCUGCGGGGGCUGGGAGGUCGCGGACAGGCCAGGCGCCUCCUGCGGCCUGGUUCUCUGCGACGGCGCCCGCCUGCAGCGCGCCCGCGUGCUCCAGGGCCGCCAGGAGCUGCACGAGCUGUGCGACCCGGAGGCGGGCGACUGGCCCGUCGCCGACAUCGCCAGCCUCCUCUUCGUGCGCGGCGCACUCUUCGUCCUCUCCACCUCGAGGCACCUGGCCUGGGCCGUCUGGCCGCCCAGCGGCGCGGAGGGCGCAUCCGGCAGGCCGGCCCGCGGCGGGGAGGCCGCCGGCGAGGCCCUGCGGGUGUCCUGUGCCGCGGGCGCCGCGGCCGAAGGGCGGGUGCUCGCGGCGGCGCGGGGCGGCGCCCUCCUGCUGGUGGACGCGCGCGGCCGCCUCCUCCGGGAGUGCGGGGCGGCCGGGGCGGCGGCAGAGGCGGAGCUCGCCGCGGCGGUGCACGGGGCGUGGGCCGUGCUCGUGGCCGCGCCCGGCGGCGGCCCGCGUGCCGUGGAGCUCCGCGCCCUCGACACGCUGGAGCUCCUCGCCACGGUGAGCCUGGGUCAGGCGGGCGACGCUCCCGGCUCCUCCUGCUGGGCCUCCGCGGCCGCCCCUGGCACGCUGCUCCUCGUCGCGAGGGAGCCUCUGGCGGUCCUGUCGGUCGCGCUCGACGACGGCUGCCCGGUGGCCGCGAGCUUCGCCCCGGGAGGCCCAGACGUGUGCGUGCUGUCACCAGUCGUCGCCGAGGGCGCGGUCGUGACAGCGGCGUGCGGCGGCACCAUGCCAGACAGCCGAGCGUACGUCCUGGUCCUCGGCCUCUCCGACGGCUCGGCCUACGUGCUGCGGGCGCCGGUCCCGGGGCCACACGCCAGCGCGGGGAGGCUGCGAGCUGGGCAGCUCCAGGUCUGUGGCAGGCAUGACAUCGCGCGGGAGGAGUGCUCCCCGGUCGUGGCGUGCGGAUUCACCAGGUGGUGGGAACAGGGCGGCGUGCCGCGCGCGGCGCUCUUCGCCGCCGCGCGCUCGGGUGGGCGCUGGCUGUGGCUCUCGCGCCCCGCGGGCGCCGAGGCGCGGCCCGCCGCCGAGGCCGCGGCGGGCGGCGGCCGCGCGCCGAGCCCGGCCGCCGACGCCGCGAGCGAGGGCGCCGAGAGCGAGGCCGACGUGUGGGCGGACGUGGGCCUCCCCAAGGAGCCGCCGGUGGCCGCGGAGCCUCCGCCCCAGCCGAGGGCGGCGCCGGAGGGGGCCGGGCAGGCGGCAGCGCCGCUGCCUCCGCGGGAGGAGCUCGAGGCGCUCAUUGGGCGCACCGCGGAGGAGAUCGCCGCCUUGGAGGGCGAGGAGCGGCUCUGCCUGCUGCGCGCGCGCGCCUGGGAGGAGGGCGCCCCCGCGGCCCCGGGGGGCCGGCCGCUGGCCCCGGUGGAGGCGCCGCCGCCCCGGGGGGCCGCGCGGGUGUCCCGCGAGCGCCGGGUGAGUCAGAAGUGGGCGCAGGCGCAGCGCGUGCUCGUGGACCCCACCGCCGCCACCCGCGCCUACUUGGACCGCGCCUGCGUGCCGUGGCCCGGCGCCCCGGAGCCGCGCUGGGCGCCGCACGAGGCAGUGGACGCCCCCGGGGGCCUCCUCGACUUCGAGGGCGCCACCGGGGCAGGGCUCGGGCGCCCGGGGGGCGGCGCCGACGGGCGUCUUCGGGCUGCCUCGGAGCCCUCGUGGGGCCAGCUCGGGAAACUUCGCGGCCGCCUCUUGGCGCCGCGGGGCUACCUUGAGGACCUCGGAGGUGCUGGCCGGCCGCCGCUCUUCGCCACCGGGGGCGGGGACAUGGGCCGCGGAGCGCAGCCGCAGCAGCGAGCCGGCGCGAUGCCGGCCCCGGCCGCGAGUGCCCAGUCGCCCCGCCUCCGCCUGCGCCGGCGCGCCGCCGCGGCCGCGGCGCUCGCCUGGGGCGCAUGCGCCACUGGGAUCGCGGCCGCCGUCGCCGCCCAGUGGCAAGGAGCGACUCGGGGCGCUGGCGCCUUCGCAAGCUGGACGGAACACCAAGGCGUGCGGCAGAAGCGGGAAUCCUGGCCCCCGUUCCAGCUGAACGACAUAGUGUCCAAGGUCGUCAGGGGCCGAGGAGAAGUCGUCCGGUACGAGGAGAAGGCGUUGACAGAGUCUGGUCCAUACAGAUACGUCCUCUUCCUCCCGGAGGACAUGAAGGAAAGGAGUCCCAACGCGUCGCUCCCCCUCACCUUCGAGGGCGAGGCCUUCCGGUCCAGGAACGCCGCGAAGGCCAAUGUGGCCAGCAUCGCCCUGCAGGAGCUGAGCUACCACAGGCUUCGCCCAGAUCCGGCGCGGCUGCUGACGAAGGAACUGAAGGGCAACUGGGCGAAGAAUAGGGUCAAGGACAUCGAGGUGGAGUUCUUCGGAGAGGACGAGGCGUUUUACGCGCAGCUGCGAGUUCGGAUUCCCAUCCUGAAUAUUCGCGCCGAGUACACUGGGAAGAGGUGCACCAGCAAGAAAGAAGCCGUCGUCGACGUCGCCGAGGCGGCCUUGCGGGCGAUGUCGGCUGAUUUUGUCAAGGAGGCGGAGCAGAUGGCGGAGGAGGCUGUGCCGGUGGAGGCGCCGGUGGCGGCGUCGUGA